AUGAUUCAAAACGAACAACAACAAGAAUCACCCAAUUCAAUUAUUCCUCAACCAUCAUCAUCAUCACCACCACCGUCAAAACAUGUUGCUGCAACAACACCUUUGGGUUUGUUUGAUAGAAUACGGAGGCGAAUGGGAAAAUCUUCUAGUCAUAAGGAUGUAACUCCUCCCAAAAUCGGACAACAAGGAUACUUCUCCUCCUCAGACUAUUCUUCACAGAGCCAUAAAACAACAGAAAGUAAUGACUCAACCAAGAAGAGAUCCUACUCUACAGCUUGUACAAUUACUCCAGAAUCCUUUGAUUAUUAUUCUUUGAUUGAUGAUGAUGAAAAUGAUUUGAUUAGUUGCACAAUGUCCAUUCCGAAACCACCAACAAAUCAUAUUGCUGGAUCUUCUCAAAAUAAUUUCAUUGACUUGAGCAAAGAUAGUAGCAGCGAAGAUGAGCCUCUUCAGCACUCUUGCAUGAUACCCAUUUCUGAUCAUGAUGAUGAGGCAAUCAAAUUAUAUAAUAACCCUCCAAUUAUUAUUCCUAAUUCUAGUUCAUCAUCUUCGACUCACCUAACACCUACGUUUAAGAAAAAGAAAAUUGCCAUUCCAUCAUUUCUAUUUUCAGAUGAUGAUCUAAAAUAUGAUCGAAAUGAAUCUAAGACUAUUAUUCCAAUUUUAUAUAUUGAAGAUAAAUUUUUAAUUAAAUUUACAAAACCAUUCUGGACAGUGGUCCCACUCGAUAACGAAAUUUUAAAAGAUUCAAAACAUUCUAAAGAAUUUUAUUUAGAUUUUACAAAACCGAUUUUUACAGUUUUGCACUUUCUCAAACUUGUGCACUAUUUUAACUUUAAUCAACACAAGAUUAUGGACAAAUCAAAAUUUAUCAAUAACCUAAAAGAUUUAAUAAUUCUAUUGCGACCUUAUUCAACCAUUUUCGUGGACUCUGAAAAUAGUAUGGAAUAUUUAUUGCAAGAAAUUAGAAAUGCUUUAGCUGAGGAUAAGAAAAAUUCCAUAUAUCAUACACACAUGAUGCAUCUUGACCAAGAUGGUUCUGUAAAAUAUGUAAAUAAUCUCCAAUUUCUAACUUUAGAGUAUAUUCAAUUAUUUAGUCAAUUUUUUGAAGGAGGCAAUGUUCCUCAUAAAAGGAAAAAUAUUAGAAAAUUACAACAAGCUGAGCAUAUUCUGAAAAAAGAGUUUGGCUCUAGAACCAUUCGAUGUUUUGACGAAAGGGAUAAGAGACUCUAUUUUGAAGGUUGUCAUUCUCUUUACAACUUUAUGGAUGUACAUUUCGAUACAAAAAAAUUUGAGUUUUACAAUCCAAAUGGAGAAAAGCGAGAUAUUGGAUAUGGUUGUCUACCGUUAUUUCAUUCAAUGAUUGAAUCACUGAUAAUUUCUAAAUUAUUUUUUAAUGGUGGUGAAUACAAGGGAGAUGUCAUAUCCACUGGUAUGUGUGAAGAGCUUGAAGAAGAGGUUGAACUCAGUGUUGGAAAACAUUUACCUCAUGGUUAUGGAACUUGGAAAUUUGUCAAUGGAAAUGAUAUUAUGACUUACAGUGGCCAAUGGAAGUUUGGAAAAAAAGAUGGUUUAGGCACCUUUCAAAUGAGUAACUUGAUCUAUGAAGGACAAUGGAGUGAUGAUCAAAUGAGUGGCUAUGGUGUGUUAAAAGUGACCGAUGGUUACCAUAAAGGCUCUAUUUAUUAUGGAGAAUUUGAAAAUGGUAAAAGAAAUGGAAAAGGAGUUCAAUUCUACAUGUACAAUCAGGACGAAUGUAGUAGAGAGGACGACACUCAUCAUCAUCCUCAAGAUCUCAUCAAAGAUGAAUAUGGACAUGAAUUUUAUGAAUGGUAUAGAGGAGAAUGGAGAAACGAUAAACGUGAUGGACAUGGUGAAUACAUGACAAAAUAUGAAUGGAAAAUAGGCGAAUGGAAGGAAAGAUUGAGGGAUGGAUUUGGGUGUAUUCGAGAAUUUGUUCAUGAAUCUACAAGAACUAUUACUGACUCUAUAUCCUAUUAUUUAACAUUUGAGAAAUUUAAACAAACAUCCAAAAAACCUCACAUUCCUUCCACAUUAUUACCAUUUUUAGACCAUUGGGAAAAGUUGAAACAAUUGAAUGCUGCCGAAUUGAUUAUUGCUCUUGGAGCUCAAUCAAAAACCGCUAAACGAACCAUUCACAUGGGAUAUUGCUUUAGAUCCAAACUAGAAGCCAAAUGGGCAAAAUUCUUUGAAUCAUGCUCAAUUCCUUUCUUUUAUGAACCUUAUACGUUUAAAUUGCGAGAUGGAACAGAAUAUACUCCUGACUUUUAUUUGCCACUACAAAACUUUUGGAUUGAAAUUAAGCCACAUUAUCCAACUGAAGAAGAACGAGUGAAGGCUCAGUUGCUUGCUGAUUUAUUGAAUAGCUCUAACAGUAAUGAAAAUUUAGAGGUGGAUAAUUUGGAAUUUAUUUCCAAGCACAAUAAUAGAGUUCAACCGAAGCCAAGAAUAUUUCUCUUGUUUGGUGAUGAGGUAUCACCUCCCUUUGUAAGAAAAUUUCAGGUUGGAGCAAAAGCCAUCGAGUUUUUCAAGCAAACUCAAAUUGAAAGAGUAGACGGUAUGAACAAAAACACAAAGAAAGUAACUCCACCCAGGCAAAACGUGACAUUUGCAACCAAAGAACCGCUUGGUUGGUGUCAAUGUUCGGCUUGUGGAAAAAUUUCUCUUGAAUAUCGAUGUCAACCUCCGUGUUGUCAAACCACUUCAGACGGUAUAGUCGAAGAGCAAAUGGGAGACACUCUGUCAAAAGCUUAUCAAGGCAUCACAAAACUAGACUUUGAUGAAUGGAUGUUAAAUUCACCAGGAUCGGAUAGAUCAAUAGUGAUUAACAGCAUUUCUUCUCCAGGACAACCCUACUCACUGACAACGAAUAAUCAACAACUACCAAGGAGAAAAAGUAAAUUCUUUUAA